UCUGGCUGGAUACCUACCCAAUCCCGUGCGUAAAAGAUAUUUUGGAAACAUACUUGGAUAUCCAAAAGUAGCUUUAUAAAUGAGCCACAGCUUCCACCGAUCCCGGGCGGAAUCAAUCGCAACCGAAGUGUGUGUCGGUGCAAGAUCGAAGAUCUUUGACUGUCAUUUUUUCUUUUUUUUUUACGCCUGAAAACCAGAAGUUGUUCGCUGGAUGAGAACCUCGCACGGCCCCUGCCUGACCAGCCUCGGACGACCAGGAGUUGCCAAAGCCACAGGUCAAAGAGUUAUUUAAUACUUCCGAUAGCUUCUAGCCAUGUGUGCGUUCAGUAGUUGGAGAUAAAGCUGCAGCAGAAGUCUGGUGUGGUUGUGCGCGGGAGAGAGAGAGGGAGAGAGAGAGAGCGCGCUCUCGCUCAGCAGCCUCACCGGACCACGGGAGGAGGACAUCUGGGAGAGAGUGGGGAAGAGAAGCGGCGUCCCCGAGGAUGACUUUAGGGACGGAUAUGUCCGAUAGCUCUGCAUUGUCCGAAGACGUGGACAUCGAUGUGGUCGGGGGCGACUUGUCCGUUGGAAAGGACGGAAAGUUCAUUCACCACGAGUUCAACUUGGACAAUGACUCCGACGACAAUUACUCCCAGAACGCGGCCGAGAGGGGUUCCUCUCCGGGGCUCAGCAGCUCCGACUGCCCCUCGGACCAGAUGGGGUCGAGCGCAGAGGCCGGCAGCGUGAUCGGGGACAAAUCCAGAAAGAGUGCACUUGUGAAGCCCCCAUACUCGUACAUUGCCCUGAUCACCAUGUCCAUCCUGCAGAGCCCCAAGAAACGCCUCACCCUCAGCGAGAUCUGCGAGUUCAUCAGCAACAGAUUCCCCUACUACCGAGAGAAGUUCCCCGCGUGGCAAAACUCCAUUCGCCACAACCUUUCCCUCAACGACUGCUUCGUGAAAAUACCACGGGAGCCCGGCAACCCGGGGAAGGGCAACUACUGGACCCUCGACCCGGAUUCCGCGGACAUGUUCGACAACGGGAGCUUCUUGCGCAGGAGGAAGCGCUUCAAGAGGCACCAGGCUAAUGAAAUCCUCAGGGACGCCGGUGGUUUCCUACCCGGGUUUGGAUACGGCCCGUAUGGAUACAAUUAUGGACUUCAGUUGCAGAACUUCCACGCAGCUCACAACCCGUAUCACCCGCACCACACGGGCGGUGCGUUCCCGUUCCCUAACGCCCCCUGCACCUUGCCCACAUCGGCCACCAUAUUCCCCGUGCCGCAUCCCCUGCCCUCCCUUCUUGCGGCCGAUUUGAGAAAGCCCUUUUACCCCCAACUCAGCCCUUCUCUGCCGCCUCUCAAGACGGACUCCAGCACUCCGAGCCGACCUUCGUUCUCCAUUGACAAUAUCAUCGGCGCGGCCAACCCCUCCGCCUCUUCCUACAGCGCGCAGCCGGGCAGCCAGGCUCAGAUCCUGGCCAUGUUGACCCCAGCACUGGCCUCCGCUUCCAGUCAUUUGACCCUAUCACAGGACAGCAUACUGCAGCCUGGGCCGCAGAGCGAGGCUUAUUCAAACAAAACCCCGAAUAUGAACACUUGUCCUUUCUAAAAACAAAAAGAAAGAAAAAAUAUCAUCAACAAAAUGCCCUUUGAAAACCUUUUACUAGAAAGAAAAAAAAGCCACUUGUGGCGCCGUCCCGUGUGAAGGUAGGCUGGACAUUCUUGCUGAAAUGAGAGUGUUUUUGCGAACAGACAUGAGGGAGGAGAAGAGGUUUUAUUUAUGGUUUGUAAAUAUGUGUAUAAUAUCGAGAGACAAACGGACGAGAAGCUCGGCUCGGCGCGGGAUCUUUUUCAAAACAAUGCUGGCCUGCAAUCCGCCAUGUGGCCUUCAUUUGUCAGCGGGGAGGGAAACAUGAAAACGAUCCUGUUAUUUUAUAAGUUAAAAGGUGUCACCCGCGUGGUUACGGGGAUGAUUAAGGAUUGGGUUUUUUUUAGAAAAUAUAUAUAUAAUUGAGAAUUUUAUCAUGACUUAUGUUGUUUUUGUUUUGUGCGUCGUGAGCAAAUGGCACUGUUGUUGUUGACAUAUUUAGGCUGACAGGAGACGGCGAACUCAGGUUUUCUUAGAAAGCACAUGGGGAUAAAUGCGAGGGGACUCUGACACAAAAAACAUUUCCCACCUCCCCCAAAGAAAUAUCUUCUACAUGGUGAAUUUGUGACAAUAUCAUUUUCAUGUUGUUGGACACGUAGGCUUUGUGGUUUUGGUAUAUAUAUAUAUAUAUAUAUAUAUAUAUAUAUAUAUAUAUAUAUAUAUAUAUAAAAGAGCACAUUACCUCUCUCAACCUUUAAUUGUUGUUCGUUUCUUAUCUAUUUCACAAUUUCAUCUGUGAGACAUACAGUAUGUCUGUCGUGUGUCGCCACCAGAGAGCGAGACUCCUAAAUGUUCAUAGGUAAAUUUUGUUGUAAUGGCAAGAAUAAUAAAUGUUUGUGAAUUUGAAAAAAAAAAAUCGUUAAUUCGUUUUCAUUGCAUUGGGAAGUUGAUGCGUCAGAGACAUUGUUCCUCCAAAAAGAGUUAAAAAAAAACUUUAAUGGACUAAACAGCAGCACAUGAGUUGACUUAUCUUAAAUCAGGCUGUGUGGUAUUUUAAAGUUUUAACUUGCAAAUUAAUGUUUUCAAAUGUCUCGUAAUGUUGCAGGAUUUCAUUUUAAAUCAGUUUUAUUUAAA